UAGCUUAAAAUAUGCAUGAGUUUAAUAACCCAGCUGUUUAGAUAAGAGUGCUGUGUGUACUUUUUAAAUUAACUUCAAUAUUAUUUUCAUAAUUAAGAGUUUCUGCUUUUACUCUGCAAAAUGCUGUUUGAAUUUUUAUGCAUUUUAUUUGGAAUUGCAACAUUUUACACACUUAUGAAGAAAGAAAAGCUUAGAGGGGAGAUUAUUAACGGUCCAAAAGGGCUGCCAAUUCUAGGAAACAUUCUUGAAAUCAACAAUGAAACAAUUCACUUUAAGUUUAUGGAAUACGCUUUGCAAUUUGGAGAAAUCUUUCGAUUUAAAAUGCUGACGGACAAUGUUAUCGUUUUAAACAGUGAGAACAUUAUUCGUAAAGCAUUUGGUGGCGAAAAAUAUAAGCGAUAUUUCGGUGAUCGAAGAGCAAUGUUCUACGGCGAGCACUUUCGCUGUCACAAUCAGUCGCUGGCUUUUGCAGCUAGUGGUUCCGACCUGUUCUAUCGGACGACGAGGAAAAGCUACGUGCAAGCCCUCCAUUCGAGCGGAAUGCAAGAAUCGAAAAAUAAUGUUAUGGUUGAAAUGAUAAACCUGGUUAAAAGGAUAGAAGAAAAGUCAGAAAGAGAGUUCGAGUGUGUGUCAAUGCUUCAGUGGUCCCUGUCUAAUGUGAUGUCUCUGGAUUUGUGUGGAAAGACACUUGACGAUAAUGAUCCAGAUAGCAAUUUGUUUUGGGACCACGUUCGGGGAAAUGAUUUCUUUUUAAACGCCUAUGUUAAUUUUAUCAUGGCAACAUUGCCAUUCCUCCGUUACCUACCUGGAAAAUAUGGCGACAUGUUUCGCAAAGGAAAGAAGGCAAACGCAAAAAUUGCUAAGAGAUAUUUCUACGAUAUGAAGAAAACGUAUGUCUAUGGCCAAAAGCGAGGGAUCGUAGAUUAUUUCUUGGAAGAACAAGAAAAUCAAAUGCACUUGAACACUGAAUUUUUCUUUACUGACGACAGAAUAAUUGCUCAGCUGGUAGAGACAAUAGAUGCCGGUAUGGCAACAACGUGGUCGGCCCUCGCUAAUACAAUGCUGGUUUUGUUGAACUACCCUCAGUAUCAAACAGCAAUCCAAGAUGAACUGGAUAUGGUGAUUGGUCGUGACAGGUUACCAACUUUUGCGGACAGGGAAAACUGUAAUUUUUUCCUAGCGUUUGAAAUGGAAGUCCAUCGGUAUGCGACUGUGGCUCCGCUUACCUUACCUCGCCUUUGUCGCGAACACAUUGAAUUUGAGGGGUAUGACAUUCCAGCAGAUAGUACA